AUGUUAUCUAAUGAAUACCUAACCAAAGUUGCUUAACUCUUAAAAAUGACCAGUCAUUUUGAAACUCAAGUAUGAGACCAUAAUACUUAUCAGUUAGAAGAAUAAAGAAUAAAAUUGAGUAUAACUCCCCAUUUCUAAGCCAGAACAAUCUAUAAUUUAUUAAUUACAAAUACAAAAGGAAUCAUGAGAUGUGACAUUAUUAAUUUGUUUAGGUAUUUUUGUAGAUUUCUAUUUAAAUUUUAGAAAUUUUAUGUAAAAUAUAAAUGAAAGAGAAUUGGAUUGCUUAUUUUAAUUAUAUUCUUCUGAUAAUUCAUAUAUUAAUUGGGAUGACUUUUAUUAAUUAAUAUGUCCUUAUGAUAUGUUUCUAGAUACUAAAAUUCAUGACAAUAUCAAUGAACAAAUUGUAUCUGAUAUAUUACAAUAAUUAUAACGAUUAUUUAAGAUUGAAGUAAUGUACUUUAGAUAAGCUGAACCCAUAAGAAUGAUCUUAUUUGAAAAAUAUAAAGAAAAUGGCAAACAAUUUUGUACACUCUUAGAAGAUAAACAAAAAUUCAUAUCAACUCAAAAGUAUUUAUACAAUAAAUAUAAUUAGUUUAAUCAAUUUUAUGAACAAAUAAAAAUUUUAAUAUAACAAUUAAGAUAUAUUCUGUUUGAAAAAAAGGAUUAAAUGUUCAGAAGAGAAUAUUCCAUCUGAAUUAUUCAUUAAAUACUGUCCUCUCUUGCCAUUUAAAGUAAUGAUUAGUAAAUCACCAGAUUAUCGUCUUAUUACUAUAAGAUAACCAGCCCCAGAAAUUACUAAAUCUGCUGAAUUAUUAAAAUCAAAACCUAUUGAAUAAUAAGUUUUGCCAGAUAUUCCAUAAAUUAAUUUAGUUCCUGCUCCAUCUCAAGAAGAAGAAACAUUUUAAUAAGUAGCCUCAGUACCAUAAUUUAAAUAACUUAAAAAGGCAGAAAUCUCUAAUUAUGAAUUUUAUACUGGAAAAAAACCUGAUGCUACAUUAACUUAAUCAAAUUUUAAAUAAAAUAAACCUGAAAAUCAGAAUUUCAAAAAUUAAAAUGAUUAUGAUUUCAAACUUACCAAGUCUGAAUCACAUAAUUUCUUUGGUUUUAAAUAAUCAAUUCCAAAAGAUUUUGGUAGUACUCAACGUCCAGAGAUAUCCAAAGAUAAUGAUUAAAUAUUAGAUAAAUAUUUAAGGCCAUCAGCUUCAAGAAAAGGAGAACUACCUAAAAAACUAUUUAAUAAAGAACAUAAUAAUUAUUAAAUAUAAAAAAAAAAAUCAGAAGAUUUCUAGGUUAUUGAAAAUAAAAAUAAGACUGGUUAUAUAUAGGAAACUUAAAAUAAACCUACAGAAGAUAUACUAAAUGAACAUUUACAUCCAAUUAAAUAAUAAAAAGAUUAAUUUUUUGAUUCAGGUGCAUUAACACAUACAAGAAAAUAUAAAAUAUUUGAUGAUAUACCUAACAAUUAAUUAUAGCUUCAAUCAAAUAUGUUAUUUGAUUCUAAAUCAAAAAUAAUAGAUUCAGCUUUUGAUUCUGGAAAUUUAAAUUCAUAAUAAAUUCAAAAGAAAUCUAAAAAGUAUGUAACAGCUUCCAUGUCAUAAGAAGAAAAGUUCCCAUAGUAUUGA